UCUGGUCGAGAACGAGAGUGUUCAACAAGUUCAAAUUGAAAAACGAAAUAUUCGAAAUUGUUUGUAUUAUCAUUAUCGCUCCAAAUAAAUCGCGUUUGUUUUCAUCAAAGAAAAUUGUGUGAAUCGAAAUGUCGUUGUGGGAUCAAAUGUGUAAUCCGUAAGUGGCCAGUUUGGACGAUAAAGCAUAUGAAUUAAAUAAAAAGAUUUCGGAUUUGCAAUCGUUGAUAAAAACCAAUGAUGAGUUUAGUAAAAGGCACCGAAAAAAUGCGGAAAACUAUGACCUUUGGAAUGACCCUAAAUGGUAUGAGGGAUUGAAAUUAGAGCGUUUGAACAUUUUCCAAUCAAUUCGAAUAGCCAUUGAUUUGAUGACUAGUGUACAGAACAUUGUCAUUUAUACACGAUUAUCUCAAUGGAAACGUGAUCAGAUUUUAUCCGGAUAUGGUGAAUGGAUAUUCCUUGCGCAAACUCCACAAAGUCCACUUGAUGCAAACAGUAAAAAUGCAUGCCCAAAAAGUGCACUUGAUAAGAUUCAAACGUGGUUCGUUGAAUUGUUUACACUCAUCUGGCAGACACGUACUUUGAUCGAUUUAUUAAUUCAUAACACUUAUAUUCCGCACAACGAACAUGUUCAAUUCGAAACGCAAGCUUUAAAAGACAUUACAUGUCUUCUUAGAUCUCUGAUAACCUCUUCUUUUAUUAUAGAAAAGCAACCACCACAGGUCAUCAAAAAAGAAACAAAGUUCGCAGCAAGAGUGCGUCUAUUAUUGCCGAAUAUCAUUAAGAACCAAAGCCCACCACUGCCAUUGGUGGCUGCAUCCAUUUUAUCGGAAUCCCAACUUCAUAAACAACUGAGACAAUUGCAUCCGUUGACCGAAUCAACAGGUGAAAUUGAGAAAAAUACGGGACCAUUGGAAUGGCAAAAUGAUCAUCAAAAUCUGAAAUGUCACUUAAAUCACAUGAAGGCAACGUUCAAGCGAAGUGAAAAGAAUCGAAAUGAAAGAGUAUUGGAUCAUAAAUCGGUCAUUCUAUUUCAAACGACUCUUCAAAUUGGUGACAUUCAAUUCAAUGUGUGGCAGGUAUCGGUGCCAGUUGUGUUCAUCACGAAUAUAAACCAGGAGCCACGAGCACAGGCAACAAUCGUUUGGGAUAAUGCAUUCGCACGCGGUGAUCGUGUUCCAUUUAUGGUUUGCUUCCAUUUUUCGCGCACACCCAGUGAAAAAAUCUACCGAAAUUCAAGUGAAAAUGCCGAAAAUCUGGAGAUUUCUUGGUAUCAAUUUGGCAUGGAAAAGCUUCCCGGUUGUUCGUUUACAUUUUGGGAUUGGUUUUAUGAUUGCAUGCACUUAAUUCGUGAACAUCUUUCGGAACCGUGGAACGAAGGGCUAAUCGUUGGUUUCAUCAGUCGAAAUGCAGCCAAAGAAAUGCUUGAGCAAUGUACGCCCGGCACAUUUUUAUUUCGUUUGUCUGACAGCGAGAAAGGCAGUAUAAGCAUUUCGUGGAUUGAAGAGACGGAAAAUCAAGAGCGCAGAGUCGAAAGUUUGAUACCACUUUGUCAUCGUACCUUUGAUAGCAAACAUACAAUUAUACCACUCAAAAUUGGUGACCUCAUUAAAGACGUGGAACAAUACGUUUAUCUCUACAAUUUUCCAAAUCAAUCGAAAACUGAGCUAUUUCAAAAAUAUUGCACACAAGUUGACGAACGAUCACCCAAGGUUUAUUACGUCCUGCCACAUUGUAAGAUCGAAGUGCCAACGAAGCGUGGAAGACAACUCGACCUCCAUUCAUUUGAGGGACUGUGCGAAAAUUCCAAUGGUGAUGUAUCAUUGGAUAACAUCUAUCCCAGUUAUAUGGAUCUGUUUUAAUCACAAUAUC